CCCCCCGGAACCAAAAAGCCGCGGUCUCGGGGGGCGGGGUUACGGGGAACAGACUCCGGCGGGCUCCUCUUCCGGCCUGCCGGGGGCGGCCGUCGAGGCGCCGGCCGGUCCCGAAGCAAUGAAGAGCUCCCUGCAGCAGUGGCGGCGAGCGGCCACGCUGAUGGUGGCCUCCCGGGGGGGCCCGGGGGGGCCGCCGCCGCCUCCGACGGGCCCCGCCGCCGCCCAGGACUAUCAGGUGCUGCUGCUGAAGCGCAGCGAGCACAGCCACUUCAUGCCGGGGGCCUCCGUCUUCCCCGGCGGCGUCCUGGAGGAGGCCGACUUGACCCCGGAGUGGCUGGACCUCCUCCGGCCCCACCGCGGGCCUCCCCUCUCCCGCCUGGGCCGGGCCAGGCCCCAGCAGGACCGGCCCGCCGCCUCCGCGCUGCCCAACGAGGUGGCCUUCCGCAUCUGUGCCAUCAGGGAGACCUUCGAGGAGUGCGGGAUCCUGCUUCUGCGACCCGCGGGGGACAGUCCUGGCCGGGAAGACCCUCCCCCGCCGCCACACCUGCAGCUCCCCCGGGCCCUGGAGCCGCUCCUGGACUUGGCUCAUUGGCGAGCGAAGAUCCAGAAAGACCCUCACCAGUUUCUCCAGCUCUGCCAACACCUGAACUGCGCCCCCAACAUCUGGGCCCUGCAGGAGUGGAGCAACUGGCUGACCCCCUUUGUCAGGAAAGAUGGAAGGCGCUUUGACACCUUCUUUUACGUCUGUUGCCUAGCGGGCAAGCCCCGGACCUCUCUGGACAUGGAAGAAGUCGUUAGCCUCAAGUGGUUAUCUCCAACUGAAGCGAUUGAAAAAUUCACAUCUAAAGAAAUAUGGCUACCACCACCUCAGUUCUAUGAGUUAGCAAGAUUUUGCAACUUUUCUUCUCUCUCCGAUCUCCAUCGAUUUAGUGUGGAUCGUGCUUUAGAAGGAUGUGAAAAAUGGCUGAUUAUCUUGUUGUCGACCUCAAAUGGUAUUAUUCAACUCUUACCAGGAGAUGAACUGUAUCCUGAAAAUACCAUUUUAGAAGACAACAAUUGGUCAACAAAAAAGAAGAUUGAAGAGAUAAUGAAAGAUGCCAAAAAGAUGCACAGAAUAGUGAUAUAUGAGCGGCACCUUUAUAAUAUUCACAUUACUAUCAAGGCAAAAUAUAAACACAUUCACCCACAGUGUAAGCUAUAAAAAUAGCUGAAGUCUGUAUUUAAAGAUUAUUCUUUGUAAAUUAAACCUUAAUUUUGAUGCAAAAUAGGUUAUAUUGGCCACAUUAUACUGUGAAAACUAGUUUGUAAGGUAAUAAAGUGCCAUUUGUGGGCAGGGAACAUGUCUACCAACUCUCUUGUAUUCUACUCUCCCGAGCGCUUAGUACAGUGCUCUUCACACAGUAAGUACAGAAUAAAUUCCAUUGAUUGAUGGGGCAGAUAUAUUUUAAAAAUAAAUUUUAUCCUGGAAAAUUGAAUCCAUACCUACCGGGGAAGUUUUUACUUUAAAUGUCAAGAUAGGGUUAGCAGAGUUUAUCUUGGGCAGUCAUGUCACGUUUUGGGAGCCAACAGUCUACCUCAGAGUUCUCCCCCAGAGUGGUGAUAUUAGCAUGUUUCCUGAUUGAAAGGUCACAUUUCAGGGCUUUCUCAUUUUGUUCCCCCGACCUGCUGCCAUCCUUGUUACAGGACUCCACAAAGCUGGUUUCUACAGAAAGUGGGAACUGAAGACGUAACCCAGUACAGAAGAAAUCCUUUUCUCGGGUUUAGAAUCUCUUGAAUGCCCACUCCAAGGAUAUCAUAUGUCAAAGUCAAGCAGAUAUAAAGCCAGAACAAGAUAAAGGUUGUAUGGGUUUAAUGAAUACUCUAACAGCCUGGAAUUUGAGAAAUAAAAAUCGGAUGAGACAACCAA